ACUUUAUCAAAAUGCUAGACUUUCCUAUUCAAUGCGAACAAUCGUUGAUACUACAAAAGUUGCACCUGAAAAAUUUGAUAGAACAAAGUUUUUAGAAGGAGAUACUGUAAUAUUACGUGAUACAACGAAAAAAAUUAAAGGUCCAAGGAUAGCAUUAGUAGGACCUUUAAUCAAAGGUUCAAAAACUGAAAAGUAUGGUGAAAUAUUUUGUCAUGAUUCUAUAAUUGGAAAAUCCGUACGUUCUAUUGUUAAAACCAAUAAAGAAAAAUCUUUUACGCUUCAUUUUCCAACUCUGGAUGAAUAUAUAUUAAAGAUUUCACGACAUACCACGCCAAUAUAUCCAAAAGACGCUAACACAAUAGUUGCGCUUCUUGAUUUACAUCCAUAUUCAAGAAUAUUAGAGGCAGGUACGGGAAAUGGAUCUUUAACUUUGUAUUUAGCAAGAGCAAUAUACCCGACAGGUCAUAUACAUACAAUAGAUAUAAAUUCAGAUAGUAUUCAUAAGGCUCAGAAAAAUAUUAGACAAUAUUUUCGAGGAAUAUAUUACGAUAACAUAACCUUUAGUACAGGUUCUUGUUCUAAUAUAUUAAGUUCUUUACCCGGAAGUGCAGAAAAAUAUGAUGGUGUAGUAUUAGAUAUGCCAGAACCUUGGUUAGAAUUAUCUUGGAUUAUGCCAAAAUUAAAAUUAGAUGGGUUCAUUAUAUGUUAUUUGCCAAAUAUUACUCAAAUAUUAGAGUUAAUUAAAAUUAUCAGAGAAAAUAAAUUUAAAUUGGCUACUAUUCAAGUGUUAGAAGUUCAGUGGAGGCCAUGGGAAGUUAGAGCUACUGUUAUUAGAAGUAAAAUGGGUGAGAAUGUUCCUUUUUCAGUAAAUAAGUUGAUAAUGGAUAAUAAAAUACCCGAAAAAGCUUUAGCUUAUGUUUGUAAGCCCGCUUAUAUGCCAUCAAGUCAUUCCGCAUUUUUGGUACAAUUAAAGAAAAUCGAAGAGGAUUCACUAGAAAAGGUGAAAUUUCAGAAUUUAUAUGAUCUAGGAGAAUCAGGAUAUUUAAAGAAUUCAGAAGAUUCGGAGGACUCAGAAGAUUCGGAAGACUCGGAAGACUCAAAAGAUUCGGAAGAUUCGGAAGACUUGGAAGACUCGGAAGAUUCAGAAGAUUCGGAAGAAUCGGAAGAAUCGAUAGAUUCAGGGAAGAUUCGGAGGAUUCGGAAGAUUCAUAUGGUUGAUUUCUUAUAAAAAUUAAAAAUAAUAAAAUGAGAAAAUAACAAAUCUUUACCUGCACAAGCUAAAAAAACCUUUAUCGAUAAUGAAUAGUGCUAU